CUCUCACAUCACAAACAAGCGACAGAAGAACAAAGCCGUAAUGGCAUCCCGACGGGAGAUCCUCGACUCGGAAGACGAUGGCAGUGACUUUGGUGACGGCCCUCUGUCUGGGAACGAAGAUGAGAUGCGCCGCAAUGACUUUGAUGCAGCCCACGAGACCGUCAUUGACGCGUCGCACAGCGCGGGCAUGGGCUCGACGGACCCCUCUUUUUUCCAGCGUGUCUAUGACCAGCAGCAGGCUGCGGUCGAUGAGCAUCAUGUCAUUCCCGACACGGCUCCAGUGGUUCCCGCCGCGUCGGCAUGGACCGAGCUAUCAUCAGCACCGCCGCCAGGACAGAAACCCCAAGCCAAGGAAUACUCGUCUCUCACAUCCAUCACUGACCCCAUGCCAGCAAGUCGGAGGUCGAAGCAGUCAAGCGACGUGGCCCAAGCGGAGGUGGUUGACUUGACCGAUCUCACGACGCCAAGCAAGGAGCCUGCCAGCGGCACAAGCGACGUGUGGGAUGUCCCAACCUCGACCUGGUCCCAAAGAACCACCCGGACAUAUGGAAAGCGCAAGAUGGCGCAGCUCAGCCUCGAGUAUAGAGCGCCUCCCGAAAACAUGCCAGACACCCAGGACCCGUACGCGCUUCCGCAGUCGUCGCCGCCUGCCAGGAAGAAGAGGAACAAGCGCGGCACUCCGUCCAGCUCAGUCCAGCAGCCGCCCGAUUCCAGCCCUGUGAUGCUGGUACAUGUGCCGCCAGAAGAGCCACCCAGCUUGGACAGGCGGACAAGAAGCAGCCGGAAGAAAAAGGCCGGCUUCGGAGUCGGUAUUUCUACCACAGAGUCCAGCAUGCCCGACACCGCCCCGCCGUCGCUGUAUGUCGCCCAGAGCACGCUCACCUCGAGCCAGAAUCGGGAGUAUGCGGUGGUUGGCUCGUCGGCUGAGGCGUUGCCGGAGGUGUCUGAGACGUUUUUGCCUGGGCAGUCGUCGAUGUGGAGAGGGGAGCUGUACAAGUCGAGCGCGGCCACGACGAUUGCGUACCCGACGCCGAGUCGGAUUGGGUCGUCGAGGCGGCUGGCGGACGUUUUUGAGGAAAUGGAUGGUGUUGAUGUUGCCGAGACGUCUUUAAGCUACGACGUUGGUUACCAGCAGUCAUCGCCCGAUGUUCUGACUGAUAUGGCAGCGGGGAAUACUGCGACUGCAACGAGGAGUAGGAGGAAGAUCGCAUCAUCUGGCGGCCUGGGCUCAUCAGAGCUAGAGCCGACUCCUUCGGCACGGAGGACGAAAAGGAGGAAAGUUGUCCAGGAAGUGGACAGUGAACCUCGGGAAUUGGACCCUCUGGAGGGCAGCCGGGAGGACACUGAUGCUCCACAGCACACCAUGCAUAUUGCGGGCGAGCUGGGAGAAGAAGACCACCCUGCCGCCGGCGAUGGCAUUCAAGCACCACUUCCCGACACCGAACCCACACCCACCGAAGUCGAUCCCACGAAGGUGCCAGUGGACACUCAAAAACCAGCCGCCAACAAGGGUAAAAGAGGGCGAAAGAAGAAGGGCGCCAAAACUCAGGGGCCCACUCUCGACGUUGACGAACCGGCAGCAGCGGAGGCCACACCUCAGCGAGAACAGAAGCUUGCAGGACUUCAGGAGCCACCAACGAAGCGAAAGCGCGGCCGUCCGCGCGGAUCUGAAUCCGCCAUACCUCAAGCCGGACCCGUCGAACAAGAACCCGAGCAGCAACAUACCGAGGAAGUACAAACCGAAGCUGAACCCAACGUAGCGCCACAAGCCCUUUCAGAAGCUUCUCACAAUUCCCAGCGCGAUCCAGCCGCAGGCGCGAAGGGAGACGAAGGCGCCGACAAAACAAACAACAACGAGAACGGUCCCCCGGCCAACGAUGUCGACGUGAGCGGAAAGCCAAAGGAGAAGGAAAAAGAGAAAGAGAAGCAAGCUGCUAGAGACGUCAAGCCUAGCCUCCAGAAGGUGCAGUAUCGCGUGGGGUUGAGCAAGAAGUCGCGGAUUGCACCCUUGUUGAAGUCUCUGAAGAAGCCCGUAUGAACAGCAGCCACUUAAGUUCAACAACGGUUACGAUGUAUGUAGCCUGGUGUUGGAGAUUUGCUCGCACACUUGUAAUCGUUGGCCAGUCGAUUCAUGGCGGCCUGGGCAUCUGGGGUGCUAGAAGCAGGACUUCGCGUCACACAAUUCAAUCUGAAAGUCUACUGACAGGCUGCUGUUGUUUACAACUUGAAGAAUCUGGUGAAAAUACUCGAGGGACACAGGGCUACUAACAAGCUGGGUGUACUGGAUAUCAAUUGGCACUCAUACGAGUCCUGGUGUAUUAGUGCCUAGGCUGACGGGACUGCUC